AUGCUCACCACUAUACCACCAACGCUGCACAGCCCGGGCCGCCCCCGGACGCCGGCCCAGGCUCCGCACCAGCGCCUCCUCGCCCUCUCGCCACCGCCUCCGCCGCCUGCCGCAGCCCUGCCCCGACGUGCCGGCCGGCCGCAGCUCUGCGCCGUCGCGGGCGCCACCAGCGGCCGCCCGGCGCCCCACCCGCGCCACCCCCACGCAGCCCUGGCUGCUCCGCAGGCACGACCGCCCGCCGCCUCCGCCGCCCGCCUCUGGGGGGCGCUCUCGCCGCCCUGCGGCUCCCGGGCCCUCGGCUGCCCGCCGGGGAGCCCCGCCCCUUGCCCCCUGCCCCCGUCGGCCCGGCCCCCACGGCCACCUCCACGGGCAGCCCGGCAGCCGGGCAGCUGUCCGUCGCGUGAGCGAGGAGCCCGUGGCGGCCAGCCUCCCGUCAGGAGGUCCCGGCUGGGCUGGGCCGAGCCCGCACGCGCCAGGGCGCCAGGGCGCCAGGGCCGACGAGGAAGGGCAGGGGGUGCGGGGGGUCGGGUCGACGGCGGGCAGGACGGGCCCCCGCGGUCGCCCCGCGCCUCUGGCCGCACGGGGCCGGGCGGAGGCACGAGGGAGGAGAAGCAGGACAAGGAGGAGAAGGAGGAGAAGGAGGACAAGGAGGGCCCUGGGGGCCGGCGUACGUUUGGGCAGCGCGGCGGCGGCGCCCGCGACCAAAAGAGGGCGUGUCUCGCCUCCCCGUCGGGGAAUCGAACCCCGGUCUCCCGCGUGACAGGCGGGGAUACUCACCACUAUACUAACGAGGACGGCGGCGGCGGCCGCCCGGGCGCCCGACCCCUCUCCGCCCGCCCGCCCGCCCGCCGGCCUGCCUGCCUGCCCACGCCCACCCGGGCCCUCGACGUCCCGCGCGCCCGUCCUGCCAGGCGCCCGCCACGUGCCCCGGGCCACGGCCCACCCGGCCCGACCCCCCGGCCGCCGCGUCAGCGCGCACAGCAGUCCCCCGGCCCGACUCGGAGCGUCGCGCCCCCGGACCCGCCGCCGCCCCCGCCCCCGCCCAGCCGCGCGGGGAUGGCGGCGGGAGAAGACGCCCGACACGGCAAGCAGGGCUGCGCCAGCCGCGGGCCGAAAUGCCGGCAGCCCCGCGCGGGCCGGGCCACGCUCCCACUGAGGGGCGCGCCUCGCUCGCCUCCUCGCUCUCCCAGCCCCGCCCUACACCUCCCCCCGCCCGCCCGCCGGGAGCGCGGGGUCCCCACGGCCUGUCCUUUCCGCCGGCCCCCAUUCAUUCCGUGGUCUCCACCCCCUCCGUCCCCGGGGCGCCCACGAGGCGUGGCCACCCGGAGGCCUCACCACGGCCACACGCCCGCCAGGCGGGCAGCCGAGCCCUCCGCGCGCCAGCCAGAGACGGGACCCCCGCCCCGUUCGCUGGGCCUGGCCCGGGGGGGCGGGGUGGGGUCCACCCCGCCGUGGUGGCUCCGGGGAGCCCUGAGCGCAAGGCAGCCCUGCCUCCCCGGGCCCCCUCCGCGCCGGAAGCCGCUGCGGGGCCGGGGCUCCAGGACGCCAGCGCGCUCCCUCACCGCGCCGCCCGCCAGCCAGCCAGCCGGCGGCCGCUCCGCCCAAGCGCACCUGCCGGCCUCACCCCCACCGCAGCCCAGCCGGCCCCGACGGAGAGCUGCGGGCAGAGCUCACACGCCUUUCUUUGGCCUCUUGGCUUGGGCGCUACUCGGCGGCCCCCAUCUCCGACGACGACACCGACGCCGACACGCACACACGCGCACCCACCUCCCCCCCCCCCCCACCCCGCGGCACCCCGGGAGCGCACACAAUCCGAGCUCCGGGCCCCAGCCGGCCCCCGCCGGCGCGCACUGCACGGGCCGGAGAGCCAUCCGCCCAUGGGCCUUCGGGGGGGCGCCGGGAGGGAAGGGAAGGUCCGCGCUGAGCUGCGCCGGCCACAGACGCCCCGCGCUGCCUGGGAAUCGGGCGCGGGUCAGGCUUGGCCAGGCUGCUCCUCCCGGCAGGACAGUGUCUGGCGGCGGCCCCGCCCCAGGGAGAGGGCGCAGGGUGAGCCGAGUCCGCCUCGGGGCCUCGCUGGGACCGUGGGCGCCGCGCGCCGGCCCGAGCCCGAGCCCGAGCCCGAGCCCGAGCCCUCGGCGCAUCUGCACGGGCGCGGAGCCUGUCUUGCAGACCGCGGGCCCGCCGCCCGCCCCCGCGCAGCGGGUGCUCACCACUGGCCGUGCCGGGACGACGACGAGCGCCGCUGGGGAAGCCGUCUGGUGGCCGCCGCCACCGGUGCAUGGGUGGUUCAGUGGUAGAAUUCUCGCCUGCCACGCGGGAGGCCCGGGUUCGAUUCCCGGCCCAUGCAGCGCGCCGCCCCCUUUUGGCCGCGCGCGCCCGGCUUCCUCGCGCACGCGCUCAAGCCACAGGGCCUGA